ACCAUGAAAAUUUUAAAUUUCAGAGACAACAAAUUAAAACGAUAUAAAAAGACAUGACUAAAUUAAACUUUAACUCUAUUAAUAGUCAUCAGGUCAUUCACAUAUAAUCCUCUUGAAAUUCUCCAAACAUUCCACAACUUCCUCAAUUGUUUUGUCAAUCAAAAUGAAACUAUUAAUUUGUUUUUUGUGUAUCAUUUUAGCCCCAAGUGUUCUGAAAUCACAUGCUGAAGAUGACCAAAAACAGUUCUUAGAAGCUCACAACACGGCCCGUGCUCAAGUUGGGGUUGCUCCGCUUGCAUGGAACCAAACCUUAGCGGCAUUCGCCCAACAGUUUGCCGAUAAAGUCAAGGAAAAAUGCGAUAACACAAUGAAGUCAGGUGGACCAUACAGCGAGAACACGGCAGGGGGAUACGGGGCAUUUAGGAUCACCGAUGCUGUGAGCCAGUGGGUGCAGCAGAAGGAAAACUAUGAUCAACAAUCAAAUGUGUGUAAGAAUGGAAAGGAGUGUAAGCAAUACAAACAAGUGGUUUGUAAGGAGAGUAAAUAUAUUGGAUGUGCUACUAUACUUUGUGGGGCUGGUUGGCCUUUUGUAGUUUGUGAAUAUGAUCCUCCUUGUUCAGGAUAAAUAGCUUUAUUAAAUGGCUAUUUUGAGUUUCAUAAAUAAUGUAUUUGUAAUAUUAAAUUGUAUUGUUGUUCAUCCUCUUAUGGUUCUCUAUCUGAUGAAUCAUUGAUGAGAUGUAAUAAAAUUGAUCUUCUGAAACAAAUCAAGUCUAUUUGUA